AUGACGGCAUCGUUAAGAGAAAUGUCCAAAAGCUUUCUGAGGCACACUUCUCAUCCCAACCCCUAUAUCCCUCCAGCCCACUUUCUCUUCUCCAGGGGAUUUUCUUCCAAGCUUUUGGUCAAAGGUAUCUCGUUCACCUCCACAGAAGAGUCAUUGACUCAAGCAUUUUCACCAUUCGGCAAAGUUCUUGAUGCUAACAUAGUGAGAAAUAAAGUUACGAACAAGUCAAAAGGUUUUGGAUAUGUGACCUUUGAGACGGAGGAGGAUGCCGAAAAGGCUUUGGUGAACAUGAAUGGGAAGAUGGUGGAUCAACGCGUUGUUUUAGUGGACAAAGCAUGGCCAGACAACAGGAAGGCCAAAAAUGCAGGUUGA